AGUAAGUGUAUAAAGGGUGCCGGUCUGGUGUGUAGAGGCUAAUAGCAGAGUGACACAGCUGCCUUAGAGAACCAUAAUCAACCUGAAGAAAACCUGUGGAAUAUUAUUUUACUUUGGAAGAAGAACUUUUGAACCCAUCUGAACUGAUAUACAGGAGCCACAAUGAAAACGAUCUGCCACUCCUUCCUCUAUUGCUGCCUGUUGGCUUCAGUAGCACACUGUGUGGAACUUGAGGUGAAUCCCGAGUUGAAAAAAAGACUAAGCAUGUGGCUCGGGAGCAGAUUGAGACGGGAACUUGAGAGCAUUGCAGUGGAGAAGAAAUCAGUGUCUGAAAACUUUGUCAGACCAGAGGACAUCAGGGAUACCUUGCUGCCACAUACCAGCACUGACGUUAAUAUCCGAACCAAGAGGUCCAAAGGUUGUUCGCUGGGUACCUGCACUGUGCACGACUUGGCAUACCGCAUACAACAGUUUAACCGCAACAAGCUGAAGGCUGGUGCGCCUAUUGCCAAGAUGAGUCCUCAUGGAUACGGCCGGAGGCGCAGAUCUGUUCCAGAGAGGCGAGUCUCCCUGAGGAUGGAGAACGGCAGGUUGAGACCCAUGUGGAGACUGAACGACUCGCAGAUUCACAAGCUUGAAGCUCUCCUCGGAAGGACAUAAGAGGGAGGUGGGAGCAAAUAGCAAGGGAGUUGGACUCUCCAGCUUUUGUCCCCUUUUGCUUGACUUUGAAAUUCUCCAAAUGCCUAAGACUCUUGCCAAGUAUACUCCAGCACAUUUGUUCCAGGCAGGAGGACUGAGUCAGAGUGAGUCUGGCUACAGCCGAGGCUCUGGGAUGCCUGAGCCUUGUGGUUCAGUGGGCUAGAGUAUGGAAACAGCUGGCUUAAAGACACUGGAGGGUACAGUUUGGAGCAAACUACGGGUGCUGCUCUCUGCUCGGCAGAGAAAAAAGGAUGAGUGAAUAUACCUUUGGGCACAUCCUGAAAGAGGGAACCUUCUACUAAAAUUUUAGGACUUUACACACUUAUUCCUCAAGGCUUAGACUUUAAAAAGUGCUAUCUUCGAACGACUACAUCAACAUGUUCCAUAAGACUGCUAAAAAUGUCUUGCACUUUUCCAUUUGAACUUAAGCAGAGUAAAUCAUAAAGAAAAUAUAUUAUUAUCAAUAUGCCUACAGAGCUCUAAUGCUCUCAAUAUAUAUCAAGUUUUGGACACUGUAUUAGGGAAAAUGCCUUAAAUUCUGUGAGCUAUGUGCCAAUCCAUACUGGAUUUAACUAUACUUGAAAAUGUUAUUGUCUGUAAAAAAAACAUGUGCAAUCUUUUUUUUUUUUUUGCAAAUAUUUUUAUAUAUACAUAUAUAUAUAUAUACACACACACACACACACACACACAUAUAUAUAUAUAUAUAUAUAUAUAUAUAUAUAUAUGAAUUCCUCUAUUUAAAUAUUAUAUAGAAGUUACAUUGGAGUACUUUUGCAGAUAAAGCUAUUUUUGUACAGAAAUAUAUAUAUAUAUAUGUAUAUAUAUAUAUAUAUAUAUAUAUAUAUAUAUGGGCAUUGUAGCUAUUUGUCAUUAUUCCUUUGCCAACUGUGCUAAAUGGAUGUGGUUUGAAAGUAUAUUAUUUUAUAUUUGUAAAUGUAUUUUAUUUUAUUUGUGUCAUUCAAUAAACCUUUUGCAAACAAAA